AACCCUCAGUAUUCCUCACAUUGAAUAAUUUCAUCAUGUCUAACCCGUCGACGUUCACCCCAGUUUACCAGUCGGGUAGUGGCAUUGGAGGCUUCAACCUACUCUCCCCCGCAGAUAUAUCAUUCGCCUUCGAUUAUGACCACUCGGGCAGGCUUGACCAUAUUGUCCUCUAUCAACCCGGGGCUGGUACUAUCUGGAUUUUGAAGCGCGAUGGCGCUAUAUUCAGCGCAGUAUAUGCGCAAGGUGCGCCGGGCAACGGCAUCGGUGGUUAUGACCUAGCAUCCACUGCAGACCGCGUCUUCGCAUUUGACUAUGACCACAGCGGCAAACUUGAUCACCUCGUCCUUUAUCGUCCCAGCACAGGCAUCGUCUGGAUUUUGAAAAAUGACAAAGGAGUCUUCAGUCCAGUUUUUCAGUCGAACACCGGGAUUGGAGGGUUCAACCUUCUAUCACCUGAUGACAGAGCCCUCGCCUUUGACUAUGAUCAUUCGGGCAAGCUUGAUCAUCUUCUUUUCUAUCAACCCGGUGCUGGAACCGCCUGGAUUUUGAAGAACGUUAAGGGGGUGUUCAGUGCGGUCUAUGCACAAGGUGCACCUGGUAAUGGCAUUGGUGGUUACGAUUUGGGUUCGACUGCCGAUCGCAUCAUUGCAUUCGACUAUGAACACUGCGAAAAACUUGAUCAUCUUGUCCUCUAUCGCCCCAACACCGGCAUCGUAUGGAUUCUGAAAAACGAUAAAGGAACUUUCAGUCCUGUGUAUUCAUCUAACUCUGGGAUUGGAGGAUUCAAUUUGCUAUCACCCAAUGACCAUGCCUUCGCUUUUGACUACAACAAGGAUCACAAGCUUGACCACCUUACCUUCUACCAGCCUGGUGCAGGUACCAUCUGGAUUUUGAAAAACGACAAAGGAGUUUUCAGUCCAGUCUACGCUCAAGGUGCACCGGGUGUGGGUAUUGGCGGAUAUGAUUUGGCUUCCACUGCAGACCGUGUCUAUGCAUAUGAUUAUGGUGAUGCGGAGCCAGGUUCCAAAUCAGGAAAAGAUGAUGGCAAGAAGCAUCACGGGGGAAACGAUCAUCUGGUUCUCUACCGUCCCAACACUGGUAUCAUAUGGAUCUUGAAGAACGACAACCCUCGUGACAAUCGAAAGUAAGGAGUUCAGGGGCAGUGCGCGAUGAGGAGUUGUCGUCUUGUUUUUCCUCAUUAACAACUCGAAUCCAUUCAUCCAUCCAUGGUCACUUUCAUCGCCCCCUCGUCGAUAUCUUCUUGACUUUCUACAUAACCCUUUGAAUAUAGGAAUUAGUGGAGUUGUUUCUUUUAUCUGUACGUGUAUAACUCUUGGUUCUGUGGCUGCUUUACACCUGAAUUUGCUUUGAUGUCUGUAUAUAUCUGUACCGUCCUGAUCUGUUCUUAUAUUAUAUGGAGUUCAACUUUCUGAGCCUGGACAU